AGUCUAUAACACUUUUCAGUUCCUUCCCUUUUUCAUAAAAUUUCCAUUUGUAAUAGUAUUAUUAUGGCAAGAAUUGAGAGGAAUUUUAGGGCUGAAAUAUGGAAUUUGGAAAAGCAGAAUCAUUAAUAUUUGUUCAGAAGGGAAAAAGUGAAUUGAUAGCGCGAUUACAGCAGCGUCCAAAGUCUCUGAAACUUGAAAUAGAAGUUGAGAAAAGAGAAGCAUUUGAAACUUACAGUGGUCAACAGACAGAUCGAAAAAGAUUGUUAACUGAUGUAGAGGGGAAAAAGAAGAAGAAUGAUUCAAACAAAAAGCAUUGUGACCGCAGAAUUAGUUUGUCGAAACAGGCAUGGGAUAGAUGGAACAAUCUGAAGACAUCUCUGAAUGUAGCCAGCCACAGUGAACUUGCUUGGCUGCUGAUGGAUUGUUGGUUUGAAAGACAAGAAUCUUCAGAGCAGCAAACAAGAACUGUAGAUUCAUCAUUAAGCCAAACUACAGGUUUAGAUGCUGAGAAUGUAAUAAAGUUAGAGAAUGCUGAGGUUAAGGUAGAAAUCAUCUCUGAUAACGAAGAACCAGAAUCAGCAUCAAAUAAUUCUACAGACAUAGAGUAUGAUGAACUUGUCAACUUUGUGAAUAACAUGAAGAAAACGGAUGUUGAAAAUGUUUGUUCAAAAGAAAUGGAUCAAACCAAAAUGCAUUGUUCCACAGAAAACACCACAAUAAACAAUACAGGUGAACUAACAAGUUUCAAUAAGAAGAUUGAUAAUACAAACACUCCCAAUGAUCCCAUUUAUAAUCCAAAAGGUGAUACGUGGAAAAAAAGAGCACCAUCAAACUUUAAAAAGCAUGUGCCAAACUUUAAGACAGAGCAGAAAGAGAAGAAAAUUAGAAAAGCAUCACAAAAUGGCAAGAAGGAAAAGGGCAAAACACCCGAACCAAAGAAACCGUGGGUAAAGAUACAGUUGACAGAUCAUGAAGAUAAAUAUAAAUUCGAAACUGUAGAAUCUUUUGCAAGAAUGAAUCGUAAAAUAGAUGCCAGUGAAAAUCUAUAUUCUUGCUUAGUUUGUCAGCAUUUUAAAUGUGCUUCCAGAGAUAAGUUUGAAGAGCAUAUAGAAAAGCAUGUAAACAGUGCUUUAGAGUGCGAGUACUGUCAGUAUAUAGCCAACUCUGACAUUGCCAUUCGUGAACAUAAAUGGACCUGUUGCAAAAGUCCUGAGAAAAGCAAUUUAUGUUCAAUUUGUGGCCAUUGGACAGGAUCAAAUGAAAGUAGACGGCUUCACAUGGGAAAGGUCCAUGGUAUAGCGGAAUGGAAAUGUUUAUUUUGUGCAGAGAAGUUCAACACUCGGACAGAAAGAUUAGGACACAUGAGAAUUGCACAUGAGGAAGCCUGCCAGUAUUGUGAAUGUUGCAAACGAAGCAAACACCUUUUAAGUAAAGAUGAGUACAAGAGUCAUUUAGAGAGUUGCAGAUCAAAUGUGCAGUGUCAGAUAUGUGGGAUGCUUAUAGCCGCACAUAGCAUUUAUAAACACAUGCAUGACAAACAUGAAAAAGUAAGAAAACAUCAGUGUCCAAAGUGUCCUUAUGCAGCAAAAACCUCAAGGAGACUCAAGACGCAUCUCCUUUCUCACGACAAAAUACAUCCAUACAGUUGUAGCCUGUGUUCAUUUACCUGUAUUCAGCCAAAUCAACUAACUUCACAUAUGCGAACACAUACUGGAGAGAAACCAUACAAAUGUACACAGUGUAAAUAUGCAGCAGCAUGGAAUGUUCAACUCAAGGAGCAUGUCAAAGUUCAUAGUAUGGAGACAGCUGAGAUGUGUCAGAAUUGUGAUGUCUUGUUCAAAAAUGAAAGAACUUUAAAUAUGCAUAUGAAAAAGGAGCAUUUUAAGUUAUAACAAAAAAAUCUUAAAUUUUAGCUCACCUGAGCACAAAGUGCUCAACGUGAGCUUUUGUGAUCGCCCAGUUUGACUGUUAACACUCUAGAGGUCACAAUGUUGGCCUAAUCUUAAUGAAACUUGGUCGGAAUGUUAACCUAGAUGAUAUUUAGUCAAGUUCAAAUCUGGGCCAGGUGGUGACAAAAACUAGGUCAACAGAUCAGAUCAAAGGAAAAGCCUGUUAACACUCUAGAGGCCACAUUUAUGACUGUAUCUUCAUGAAACUUGGUCAGAAUGUAAGUCUUGAUUAUCUUUAGGUCAAGUUUUAAUCUUGGUCAUCAGGGGUCAAAAACUAGGUGACCAGGUCAUAUCAAAGGAAAAACUUGUUGACACUCUAGUGGCCACAUUUUUUACCUUAUCUUAAUGACACUUGGUCAGAAUGUUGAUCUUUAGGUCAAGUUCAAAUCUGAUUCAGUUGGGAUCAAAAUUAGGUCACCAGGUCAAAUCAAAGGAAAAGCUUGUUAACACUUUAGAAGCCACAUUUAUGACCAUAUCUUAAUGAAACUUGGUCAGAAUGUUGAUCUUAAUGAUCUUUAGGUCAAGUUUAAAUCUGAUUCAGGUGGGAUCAAAAUUAGGUCACCAGGUCAAAUCAAAGGAAAAGCUUGUUAACACUCUAGAAGCCACAUUUAUGACUGUAUAUUCAUGAAACUUUUUCAGAAUGUUAACCUUGAUGAUCUUUAGGUCAAGUUCGAAUCUUGGUCAUGUGGAAUGUGACCUACUGACCUACUUUCUUGUUUUUUUUAAGAUACAGCCUUCAAAUUUGGAUGACAUGUACAGUUUUGCAGACUGAUCUUAAAACUGAACUUCACUGACCAUGAAUAUGACCUACUGGCCUACGUUCUUGUUUUUGUGCCCCCCUCCCCUCCCCCAUGAGUGGUGGGGGCAUAUAGAUUUGCUCUUGUCCAUGCGUCCGUCCGAAGUUCGUGACACGCCUAGCUCAAAAAGUAUUUGAUAUAAAUUAAUGAAACCUUGCCUGAGUCUUUAUCAUGAUAUGAACUUAGGCACCUUCUAUUUCUCGUCUGGCUCCGCCCCCUAAUUUUAGAGUUAUGGCCCCUGAAAUAGUCAAAAAUUGAACAUUUUCACGUAGUGACACGCCUAGCUCAAAAAGUAUUUGAUAUAGAUUCAUGAAACCUUGCAUGAGUCUUAAUCAUGAUAUGAACUUGUGCACCUCCUAUUUUUCAUCUGGGUCCACCCCCUAUUUCUAGAGUUAUGGCCCCUGAAAUAGUCAAAAAUGCACAUUUUCACCUUGUGACACGACUAGCUCAAGAAGUAUUUGAUAUAAAUUGAUGAAACCAUGCGUGAGUCUUUAUCAUGGUAUGAACUUGCGCACCUCCUAUUUUUCGUCUGGCUCUGCCCCCUAUUUUUAGAGUUAUGGCCCCUGAAAUAGUCAAAAAUGCACAUUUUCACCUUGUGACACGCCUAGCUCAAAAAGUAUUUGAUAUAGAUUCAUGAAACCUUGCGUGAGUCUUAAUCAUGAUAUGAACUUGCACACCUCCUAUUUUUCAUCUGGGCCCGCCCCCUAUUUCUAGAGUUAUGGCCCCUGAAAUAGUAAAAAAUGCACAUUUUCACCUAAUUAUGUGCCUCACUCAAAAAGUAUUUAAUGUAAAUUCAUGAAACCUUGCUUGAGUCUUUAUUAUAAUGUGACCUUGCACACUUGGCAUUCUUCUUGAGAAUUUUAGCAUUAGAGUUUGAAAUAGCCAGAAUAGUGGAUUUUUUGUUUGUGAUGCUCAUAGCUCAAAAAGUAUAUGGUAUAGAAUAAUGAAUCCAUUUCAUAAUUUUUUUUGAGGCUAUAUCCCAUUAAGACUGCAAAUAUUUGAUUGAUUUCCCCUUAUUUGUGACAAAUGUACCAGUGGGGGUUGGGGGCACACCCUGUGUCCUACAGACUCGUUCUAGUUUUUCUAGUUUAAGAUACAGCCUUGAAAUUUGGAUGACCUGUACAGUUUUGCAUAAUGAUCUUAAAACUGACUUUCAAUGACCAUAAAUAUGACCUACUGACCUACUGUCAUUAUAUUUUAGCAUCAGUUUGACAUUUGAAAACAUGUAGCUCACAUGUAUUACUCAGGUGAGCGAUCCAGGGUCAUCAUGACCCUCUUGUUACUUAAUUACAGUGCCUAAGCUAAUCACCUGUCAAAUAAAAACGUUUACUAAAAUAUAUACCUACAUACUAACUA